AAACCUUAGAAGAAGGUAUACAUAAUAUGAGUGUUGAUGAUUUAUUUGAACCAAUUUAUUUUGAUUACUAUAAAAUUCUUCAAAUACCAAGUAUUUCAGGUCAAGCUGACCAUAUACAAGGAAUUAUUAAUAAAUUAAGUGCUGAAAAUAAAACCUUAAAAGAUGAAAACGAAGAAUUAAAAAAAAAUAACUCUGAAGUUUUAAAAACGUUCAAAGAAGAAAAUAAAAAAUUAAAAACCCAAGUAAACGAUAAAAACAAUGAUAAUACUACGUUAAAACAACAGUUAGAAAACU